AUGCCGGCGGAACGAGACCGAGAGCCGGAAAGAGAACGACAGGAAACAGGUCGACAGCCGACAUGGAAGGAUGUGUAUCAGUUUAUGCGUUGUCCGAAGCAGUUGUGUGAUUCGGCUCCACACUGCUUGACUGACAAGGAUGGGACCCAUUACCCGAUGAACGGGAAACAUAUGAGGACAUAUGUCGAGCAUGCUUCUGAGCACGGAAUACCAAAAACCCAAGAUGACAUCCCGCACGAUCUUCGGCUCAAAGUGAUUGCAGAGGCCCGCGAACGAAUGGGGAAACAGGCUUCAAAGUCUGGCCUUGCUAUGACCCCGAUCCAUAUCACGAAUGUACUGCCUAGUCAUUCACUGCAGCCAAGAGGUGAGCCAGAUGCCACCGUUUCUGAUCGUUCCACAGGCGUACCCGCCCGUCAGCCAUUAGAAUUUCGGGACCUUCGUGACGUUGCGUAG